CAAUACAAACACUCACAAAACGUGUGUUGUUUCGUAUCUGCAUUUCAAACCUCAAAACACUCUCGAAAUGACAACAUUCCCCAAUGUAGCAGUCGUUCUGGCGAUGCACCUACUCAUCGCCACCAAACCUAUUGCGGCGGUAUGGUGCGUCGCAAGAAACGACGCCAGCGCAGAAGCGCUGCAGAAUGCGCUCGACUACGCCUGCGGUGCCGGAGCAGACUGCGCGCCGGUACAAGAGAGCGGCGCAUGUUUUGUUCCGGACACCGUCCAGGCGCACGCGUCUUACGCGUUCAACAGUUAUUACAUGCACUCGUCAAUGGAUCCUGCCGCAUGUGACUUCGCCGGAACCGCCACCAUUGCUAAGACCGAUCCUAGUUACGGAUCUUGUGUUUAUCCGGCUUCUCCUAGCACUGCUGGAGGAGUGAAAAAUCCACCUUUAGACACUCCAGUGCCUGCACCACAAAAUGGAGACAGGAGCGGAGGAGCAUUAAUGCCGCCUGCAGAUAUGAAUUUCACUGCACCGAUGGGGAAUGGAGAGGCGUUAACUCCGCCAGGCAUGGCACCCGCGAUGGACAACACUCCUCCUUCCGAAGCCUUUUCAGGGUUUUCGGUGUCGAGAUUGUUGGUUACGGGAAUGAUGUUAAUGGUUUUCUUUCUGAUGUUCUAAACAAUGGAUAUCUUUGUUGCAUAACUUGUGUUGCUUAACUCAGAAGUAGAAGAUAAGGAAAGCUGAUUUAUAAGGAAAAAAAAAACCGUGUCAAUCAUUUGGGGUUGAAGGAUUUUCGGUUGGUGGAGAGUUUCGGGUUGGCAGGUUGAAUUCUUCAACCCUAGCCCAAUCCAUAUAUAUUUGUGUCGUAUUUCAAAUCGAUAUGUUUUAGGGGUGUUUGGGAUUA